CCUGCCCCUGCAGGUGGUGCUGAGCAUGGGCAACCAGGGAGUAUCGGCAGUGGAGGCAGGGCCGGGCGGGUGCCGCCUGCGGAGAGCACCGGACGGCCGGGCCCGACAGCAGCGACGUCUUCCGGCCGGGCGGGACAGCAGGGCCUCGGCCGAGGCGGUCGCAGCUCCCAUUUCUCCGUGGACAAUGGCAACCAACAUGCAUGCAAUGGAGAGGAAGACUGAAUGGCAGGUUGCUCGCCUGCUCUCCCUAGAAGGUCAAACAGGCAUGGCCAAGAAGAAGCGCGACUGUGAGAAGACAGCCGAGGAGUUCAGGAACCAGCUGGAGGACAAAUGGGCCGUGCUGGGGACUCUGCUGCAGGAGUACGGGCUGCUGCAGAGGCAUCUGGAGAAUGUGGAGAACCUGCUGUGCACCAGGAACUUCCGCAUUCUGCGGCUGCCCCCGGUCAGCAAGGGGGAGUCCCCCAAGGUGCCCGUGGCCUCUGAUGAUGUGGCUGUGUAGUUCUCUGAGCAGGAGUGGGGCAAGCUGGAGGACUGGCAGAAGGAGCUCUACAGGCAUGUGGUGAGGGGCAGCUGUGAGACGCUGGUCUCCCUGGACUACGCCAUCUCCAAGCCCGAGGUCCUCUCCCAGACUGAACAAGGGAAGGAGCCCUGCCACUGGCGCCGCCCUGGCUCCAAGAUUCCAGAUGUUCCUGUGGACCCAAGUCCAGGGAUUGGAUCCUGUCUUCUGGUUACUAACUUUUAUCUGACACAUCGUGGGAUUCAGCGAAUGGAGGAUAAGAGGAAAGAAGAGGAAAGGAAAAGGCAGUUCAACUCCUGCCUCAGAGUGUUGAGUGCAAAGAGGCCCUUUAUCAUGAACGUGGAUUCUUGUCAUGACUUGGUCAUUAAUCAGGCCUUUGCCUUGUAGCCCUGGGCACCUUCUCAGAAGGC